GAUGAUGGAUAGCAGAGUGGAUAUCUCAACUUUUGUUCAAGCAAAUAACCCUGGAACGUAUACACCACCAGUUAAAAGCUUUACCCAGGUAAAAAGGAAGGCGGGAUUCGGGUGGGGUCCUGUCAUUAUUGGCGGGAUCCCACCUUUCCCGCCCAGGGUCCAACCUGGGAUCCGAGGCAGGAUCCCGCCUCCCACCCGGGAUCCUAGGUGGCAUCCCGCCUCCCACCUGGGAUCCAAGGUGGAAUCCUGCCUCCCACCAGGGAUCCAAGUGUGGAAUUAGAAACGAGUGUACAGCAAUCAUAAUGAACAAAACACAAUUUAAUGAAAUUAACUGGUUCUUAUACACAGUUGAAAAAUAAGAGAUCUGCAAAACUUUGAUUAUCUUCUUUGACAGACACUACUACUAGCACCCAUUUAAUUGUGUACUGUAGUAAAUUUAAGGAAUAAUUUAAUCGUGCUCCACCAUAUUUGGGAAAGUGCUGAUAGUAAGCAUGUUUUCUCGAAGGCUACUAACUACUAUUACUUUUCUGUCUAGUUGAGACAGUGGUACACAAAAUAGAUAUGGUGAUCUUCUGGUCACUGCCAUAUAUUGAACUCAUCUGAUGAUGAUGUGACUCCUGAGGCCAAAGAUCCAAUUUGCACUAAUUUUGUCACAAUAGCAACAUGAUGGGUUUUAAUCAAAAGGAAUUUUUGAAUUUCUCCAAACUGAAUUCUCCCACUUGCAUCUGUAUACUGGAUAGUGUAUUAAUUUUUAAGUUUGCUAGUGCAGAUUUUUGCACAACUGAAAAAGGAACCAUUUAUAAAUGUUCUUCGGUAUGUUUCCACUCUAUCCCUUCAGCAAAAACUUCCAAGCCUCUGCUGGGUAGGAAUCUGUUUGCUACGAACAUCUCUUGUUUAAUUGGCACUUCAUUUUUAGAAGUACCAAGGACAAAUGCUCGUGAUUUAUCACCAGGAGGAGUGGGUCUGUAGGAGAAAAUGAGACUUGCUUAAAAGUCUCUUAUAGUCUCGGACGGCAAUAGGGUGUGAUAUUAAGUAUACAAAAGAUCACAUGUAUACAUGUAUAUCAUGUAUGAAAUACUUUCCAAAAAAGAUGCUUGAUAUUGACUACUUACAAGGAUCUUUCUCCUGAGGGCUGUUUUGCCAGAGAUACCACAGUUCCUGAACUAACUGUUGUUUUCAUCUUUGAAAUAAGCAUGGGAAAGUUACGAUAAAAAGGACAGCUAUGAUCAGAUCUCUGAAAUGCUUCAAUCGAAUACUGAUAAAUUAUUAUCUAGUACAUCUAUUAACUUGCAUAGAACUAUUAGCAGAUGAAGUAAAAAUAACUAAGUUUGUAUUACCUGGCUAGAAAUGUGCUGAUUUCCAUAAAUCAUGGUCGCCAGAAAGCCAUUAAGAGCUUCAUAUCCAAAGCAUGAGUAGACCCAAAGUGGAUCAAAUAACUGAACAAAGAAGGUGAGGUGGCGAAGCAGAUGGAAAUUGUGGGUCUGACUCCCUUCUCCUGUACAUAAAGAUUAGAAAUAAUUGAGACAAGUGUAUUCAUAAAACCAAUACUUGUAGUAUGAACAAAGGAUUUUCCAUACAUGGCUCUCUACAUUAAAUGCUGUGGCCUCUAGGAAAAGCUGAAGGGGGCCCAAGGCUUUAUACUAGUUAAAUCUAGGCUGCUUUUAGCAUUUGUUUUAGUGGAGCAACUUUGAGUAACAAAAUGGUCAAGAAGUUAACAGAUUGACUUACCACAGAGUUCAGGCAUAAACUUACAAAAGUUGUCCAGGAGCUCAUCUGCUAGUUUAAGCUGAUCCAUGGUGAUCCUGUCUCUCACAAGAAUAGCUUCAGCUGUCACCAACAUGGUGUAGUGGAGGAAGUGUUGACUUGGAAGGACACCUUUUAACACUGGCCCAGAGUAGUGAAGAAGCCAAUUUCUGUAUUUAGUUGCUUUACAAAAAGAACAUAACUAUGAUGAUUAACACUACUACAGGUCUUUAAUUUUCUCUUAAUGACUUAAUGAUGAUAGUCCCUUUCCAUAGUCCCUUUGGCCAAGCCUAUCAAUCAGUACCUUGCAAAUACUUAAACCUAUCCAAUGCGUGUUCUAUGGUCCUGUUACUCGGUUUACUGUGACUGUUCCAUUACUUGAAUAACAUCGAUGAACCAAACAAGGUUGCAACAAGCAUACCAAAAAAGUUACAAUGAUGUUGAAUAAUUCUUUUUGCUCGGUCAUUUAAUUAUUAUUAUUUAGUUUUUAAGCACUGACGUAUUUACCUUUCCAUGUUCCAUGGUCUGAAGACUUCUAGGACACCAGGUGAUAACGUCAGGAACUUUGAUGCUGCGCAAUCUCUUGCUUAACCCAGCAAUCUGAGACAUACUAAGAAAAGAGACCAAUUUCCUUCGCAGGAUGUACUUGAAAAAGCUGAUUAAGGCAAUGUGUAUAAUCUUUUUUCCAUGUCAUUUCAAAAUUCAAAACAAAAAAUCCCAUACAACUGCAUGUCUUGUACAUGUACCUUUGAUCUUAAGAAGAAUUCAGUUCCCCUGUUUUCUGUAUUCAGCGCUGCCAAAGAUGCAUCAGUGACUUUGACACUCCAAGACAUGCUGAGUGCAUCCAGUCUACCACAAAAUUCUUUACCAAGUCAAAUGGUUUAAAGAGCAGGAAUACAGAUGCCCCUUUUAUUCCAUUUACCUGUAUGAUUACCAACACAAAAACAAAAUGUAAGGAGUCACCUCUCAAAGAUAAUAACUCACUGAAUGAACAUGUCUCAUUUAUUAUGCAAGCUUUGUAGUUUUGUAUCAACCUAAAAAAAGACUCUUUCAAGAAGACAUUGUAAGCAGUGAAAUUUUCAUAACAACUUUCGCACAUGCAUGAUAGCUCAUGACCGCUCAAGGUCUGAAUGGCCAAGGAGUAAUUUACAAUUUUUUUCCAAGGAGCCUGCACAGGGUCUUAUUAGGAAUAAACUGGGUGAUCAAAAGUUACCGGCUUUCCGCUAUGAAUGACUUUGCGAACUGAUUCGACCACAGACUUGUGUGUCCUCAGUACCAUGUUGGUAGUAUAGGGCCAGAUUCUGUUUAAUCACCACUGCCCACUGUCUUCACUUCAUCCUCACAGACUGAGCAGCCCAUUUCUCCAUUAAACUGCUUCAUAUUAGACAAGAGUGACUUUGCAGGGAGAUCAGCUGAUAACAACAGCAGAGUUUGCUCGUAUGAGUUUUUCUUUACCAUUAGGAGUCACAACAGUGAGACCUGCAAAAGUUAUAUAAUGUGAGACAAUAAUGUCAAGUGAUGUGACUGUCACAACCUCUUGGCUCAUCACUCAAAUGUUGUUUCAGCUUGACACUUUCAGUGUUUUGUGAAUGUAGUAGCUCUUGUACGGGAUUUUUUAUUGACAUACAUUUUAACAUCAUAGUUGUUUAAUGCAAUAACACCAAAGCAAAAACGAUAAAUUUACUUCAACUAUAAGGCUAGCCCAAUCAAUUUAGAAACACAAAUUUCCCUCCGAAUAUAAGCCCCUCCAAAAAUAAGUCCCUCAAAAAGGGUCUUUGAAAAAUAUAAGCCCCGGGGCUUAUUUUCGGAAUUUUACGGUAUAUACAAGCUUGCAACUGUAACAUAUGUGACAUACAAAGAAGGUAAUUGACAAAAAAUUCAGCACUAUGGUACUGUCUAAGGGUGCCUUCUUUGAAAUAAAGAUUACACGUACAUUUUAAAUAAUAAUAAUAUGUUUAUGUAAUAAAAUAAUGUUAACUAUUGUUCUGACCACUGCAUUAUACUUAUCUAAGCCUUGGAGGAAGUUCAUUAAUUACAAGAAAAAUGGGCCAGAAAUUUUGCCUGUUUGAGGACUUAAACGGUGAAACACCAUCAUUAUUAAAGGAGAAGGACAGAUUGAAUGGAUUAUCUUUGCUGCCACCCGGAUGCAUUAGUUUGCGAUACUCUUGUCCACUAUACAUGUCGCGGAUGUCAUCAUCAGCGUAAAAGUUGUUUUCAAGUCUGUACCCUAGAAGCCUGACAAACUCUGAGUCUUUCUGGUAAAAGAAACAAGAAGAACAUUAAGAACAACAGAAGGGAAGCUUGAAAGCUUGAACAUCAGGUGCAGCACAAUAAAAGGGUUAAAUUGCAGAAAUUGCAGAAAUUUCAGUCUCAUGUGGAAGUAUAAACAGUAAAAUAGCUCAAAUAAGGUAAAAUAUUUGAAAUUUCAUUUUGCGAAAGUCGCAUCUACAAGAAAUGGCAAACUUCGGCGAUUAUCCGGGAGAUUUCAGACUCUAAUCUGGAGACCGGGAGAAAUGAUUCAAAAUCUGGAGUCUCCCGGAUUAUCCGGGAGAGUUGACAGCCCUGGCAUGCAUCACCAGACGGUGAGGUAUAAACAAUUGAAAACAAUCAAAAUUUUCACUUGAUAGCAUUUAACCCUGGGAAAUUAAACUUUAUUUAUAAAAAUGAUACUGACCUAGAUUUCCACACAUUUGCUUAUUUUUAGAAACAGCCAUCAUUAGAGACCCCAAGUUUGGGAUCAAGUUGGAUAGGCAGUGCUUUGAAAACAUUGUCAAACACUAUUCUUCUGCUCCAGCUUUUGCACUAAACCUUUUGGAUGCUCUUGUACCAAAAGAGGUUCAGCGCAUUUCAAACAUAAAGGGAUCAAAUGGAAAAACUCCCCUAAAUCCAUCAAUCCUUGCUGCAAUUGAAGGUAACAACCCUGCCUAAACCAUUUCACUCUCAAGUAUGUUGUAGCUAAGACACUCCACACAGUCAGCUCAAUUGCAGUCUGAAAGUCAGAACUUAACAUUGGCUCAUUUGCUAUACUGUAGCUUUAGGGAUCAAACUUAAAGUGGAUUUGUUUAAAAAAAAAACAGAGCCGUCUGCAGAUGAAAUUAAAGAAAAUAUUCAUUUUAAAAAUUCUAUUACAAAAUGUGGUCAAUUUUUACUACAAUCGUUUUUGGACCUCAUUUGAUUUUGGCAGUUUGUUAAUAAAUGUACAGAAUUAUGAAGAUGGCAUUAGCUAAUUGCCACAUAAUUUUAAUUCUUGUCUUCCAGGACAGCUAAGAAGGCACGCAGUGUAAGUGGACAGAAGAAGAGGUGGAAGAAAAGUGGAGCGGUAAAGCUGGAAUUUCAGCAGAAAAUAGCGGAUAAGUGUAGAAAUCUAAAUAAAAGCAACAAAAUCUACUGUUGAUGACUAUAUUUUUAUAUCUUCUAGUUAUAAUGAUUAUGUAUUUUGUAAUGAUCAAGUGAAGUUGUAACAAGAUUCAAGUCUAUAUACUAGCAAUAAAUGCCAAACCGUUUUAAAUAUUUGUAUUCUGGUUGAUGGCUGAAAAUUGUAGGAACCUUUUUGAUGGGAAAAAAAUUGUGAGUAAGGUAGCUAUAGGACCCCAUGUGUGAUAUUUUCCACCUUCCCUCUUUAGUUUAGACAUGUUCCAAAGCUGGAGCUGGGAUUUGUGGGUUAUUCAAAAACUCAAUAAAUGGAAUCCUGUUUGGGUCACAAACAAGUGACCCCAAGUGAGAUUGCAGGAUCCCACUUGGGAUCUCAGCUGGUACAAAUUUUGGGAUCCCAGGUGGGAUUGGCGGGAUCCCACACGGACAAAUGAAGGUUGCUAGGUGGGAUUGGCGGGAUUUUGCGUGGAACGAAGCUGGGUUCCCGGGUGGGAUUGGCGGGAUCCUACCUGGGAUUAGAGGCCGAAUCCCAUGCGGGAUUGACGGGAUUUUGCCUAGAAUGUAGCAGGGAUCCCGGGUGGGAUUGGCGGGAUCCCACCUGGGAUUCAAGGCGGGAUCCCAUGCCGGAUGUUCCAAAAUCGCGGUCGGGAUCCCAGAUGGAAUUGGCGGGAUCCCGCCUGACUUUUUUCUCUGGGUUAGCAAACCAGAAGAGAGUCGAUCAUUGGUAUGUACAUGUAGUUGGUGGUUCCUUCUUUUAAGUUGACUGAAAAGCAUGGUGUAGAUCUCGAAAACUGUGGCUUAUAAACCGUGGGCUUGAACAUCUUUGCAUGGGGUUUUAGGAGGGCUUAUAAACAGAGGGGCUUAGAUCUGAGGUGGCUUAUAACUGGAAUAGAAUAAGCACCUCGUGACAUGCUACCGUGGUGCUGAUCAAAAUGUCAUAAUACAUCGAAUAGGCCAUUUGCACGAAGGCGUCAUUUUGCUACUACGACCAGUAUCCUUCAGGGUACUGCUUUCUUGUGCAAGUUAAGACUUUUGUUAUUUAAACCUCACUGGGAUUAACUGGGACUACCAAAUUUAAAUAUGAAAGGAAUAACGAAAUGAAUUCUGGUCUUAGUAGUAAAAGACGUCAUCGUGCAAAUGCCCAAUUCAUUUCAAUACCAGCUAGAGGGGGGUUUAUGUAUGGGGAGGAGGGGGGAGGGGGGCUUAUAACCAGAUUUUUUGUCCAACCCGGAAUUCCGUUAUCAGUUAACACUCGUACAUUACAAAUUUAUUAAUAAUUACUCUUUUGAUUUUCUUCAAACAAUAGGAUGCUACUUCCCUAUAGAAAACUAGAAAUUCAACAUUUUAAUAUUUGCAGAUGUCCCCUUAAGUUGCAUUUUAUCCCUGAUACUGCGGUUUGAAAACAGGUUGGGUUCUUUUAGAGAAAAAGUGAAAAGAGUGCCUUGUGAAAUAGUUAGAAAGCAAAGAAGUGGAGGGGUAUACGGUUUUCUGAUGGACUUCCUAAUUUCUCCCAUCCCCGCCUCCUUAUAACAAUUAAACAGUCCCUGUGAAGGCAAAUGUAAGCCUUGUAACAUUAGGGAGGUUUAUCGACAAUAAUUCCUUAUUUCACAUUUUAUGGAGAAUGUAAACACAAGACAACGAUUUUCCUUUUUUUUCCUGAACUGAGCUUCUGUCUGAGAAUUCAACUCCAGAAAAAAAACAAUAUUUAACAAAUUAAACGAAGUGGAACAAGACGGUGAAGUUUAAAACAGCGUGAAUGGUCUUUUUAAGCGAGGUCAGUUUCAUCGCCGUCACUAGUACUGUCGUGGAUGCUUAAGCUCCCAAAUAUUACAUGUAGCUUGUGAGAGAUGUUGUUUUCACGGAUUUUGGUUCUCAUUUUACAGAAUUUAGGGGAGAACAAGCUGUUUUUGGUGGAUGCAACGGAACCUGUUCUUAAAAGAAAGUACAUCGCUCUUCAGAAAAAGGUAUUAGUACUUGAUAUUCCUGGCCGCUUGCAAUUUGCUGAAUAGUGACCAAACUACUUGCAGGUAAAAAGCAUAGGUCACAAAUGUAGGUUACUGCUUUAUUGAUUAAUAACUGAGGUAAUUAAGCAGUUUCCCCUUACGCUUAAACUCUGUUUCGGAUUGUGAUUACCGCUAGGAGACAUUUUUAGUGUUAUUUAUUUACCUUAGCAUGGUAACCUCUACUGUAGACAUUUUUCUUUUUUUUGAACAAUUUGGUGAGCGCGUAAAAUCGAGCGUGGAGGUCGAGAAAGAGCGGCACACCAUUGCGCUUGCGGUCAAUAAAUCUCCCGCGGUUUGUAUUUUGAUACCCUCACUCUGAAAAUAGGGUCUGUUCAUAGGCUAUGCUUUUGUGGACAAAAUAAAAAAAAACAGGAGAGGCGUGACCUUUUAAGCGAGGGCUUGCUGCGAAAUACGCCCAUUCUCCACUAUCUGAACGCCGCGAACAGGCCAUUCAGGCUAUUUUAUUAAGAGUUUCAAUCAUUGUCAUUUUCUGCUUCAGUUACGAGACUUUGACAAGUCGAUAAAAAAGGAUCAAGAGGAGGUCAAAUCAUUGAGACAAGAACAGGAAAGGUAAGGAUACAUUAGCUGAUGCUCUGUAAGAUUUGGACAGGGUAUAUCAGCAGUUCUAUAUAAAUAAUUUUAUUGCCUGCGUGUUAUGUGCCAGGUCUUUUGUGUUUUUUUUUGGUUUUUGAUCGUGUGGCCGAAAUGUAUUAAACCUACUGGUAAUCAAUUUGACUGAAAAAAAAGAAACUUCAAAGACCAAAAUUGUACAGCUCGUUAAUAGACGCAAUAUUAUUCAAAUACAAACAAAUUUAAGCUUGAUCGUACAUCCUCAUCCUCGCGGAUCUUGCGUGACAGGAGGUGGUCUUCCUUCGUCUUCCUGGACAUAGAGUGACUUUUGCCCAUAACGUGUUUGGGCGCUGCAGAUCGAUGACUUGCACCAAAUUUUGGUUUUAUUGAGCUUAAUGCCCAGUUUGCCUUUUUCAUCAGUGUACUGCAGUGCGCCAUAAUAAUCUCUGAAUUUUGUUUUCUAUUAUGACUUAUUUUCUAUCAUGUCUGUUGACUUGGCCUCUGUCAUUGGUUGCACAUACUUGUUCCAAAAACCCGAAGAAAGCAGCGUCCAAACCAAACACAAUUUUCAAGCUUAAAAUUAUUCUGCCAAGCUAAUCCAUGUCAUUUGUAGUACCAGCGGGGAGCAAAAUCUAGUUGGUCUUGAUGCCUAACACAAAAUGUCUUCUCCAGGAAGCAUGUACCCCGGAGUUCUUCCGCGUAACUCCACCAACGCGUUACAGUAGUCAGUGAAUAGUUAUUUUGUUGAAGAGAUCUAUUAAGGUAAUGAGCAAAAACUAAUAAAUACUUCUUAUUGUGGUUUUACCGGUUGCUUCAUUUUUUUAGUUACUCACGAAAUCCGUCCUAUGGAAAAUCUGGAGAAGUUGAACAAGAUUUACUGAGGCAAAGAAACGAUCUUAGAGUGAACGAAUGGUUUUGCUGUGUCGCUAAAGAACAGGUAGGCAGGAGAGAAGCUCUUUUUGUUUUCAGGGCUCAAACUCAUUUGUUUUGUUCCUACUUUAGCAAAGUUUUGCGUUUACUUUGAUAUCCUUUAGGAGUGAAAUAAGUAAAUUUACUGUCUCGCAAAUUUUUUGCCCUAUUUUUGAGGGCCUUUUGAAAAGGUUUUUCAUCAUCUUCAAACGAAGAAGCUAAAGAAGCGGUUCAUAAACUGUGAAUUUACGAUGUUGGUAAACUAGAGAUGUUGUGACAAACUAUACAGCCGGUAUAAAGGAACGUAUUGGAUGAUGAAGAUAAACCUGGAUUACAAACGACAAACGUGAAAAAUUACAAUCGUUCGUUCUCUGAAGAAGUAAAUACUGAGGGGGAGAUUAUACUUACUACCUUGUGUUUUUUUUUUUGGAUACAAAACCUGGAUGUUAUCAGCUAUCUUAAGAUUUCUCGGAAAUGUUGCUUUUGGACCUUUUUUUUAUGACACUUUUAUGUUUGUUGUAGACUAAAUUGUUUACUCGAGAUGUGCUCGACAGACUGAACGUCACAGAGGAUGAUCCUCAAGAUGAAACAAUCAGUGAUGAUGAGAGUUCUGUAACAGGCACAGUUGACAAAAGACUGAGCGUUCAUGUCAAGGGAAAGAAAAUAAAGAAAGCUGGACAGCAUGAGUUCGAGGACCACACUUUUAAGAAACUGACAAAAUGCUUCUACUGCAAUGGUUUUAUAAUGAUAGGUAAGUAAACCAGCGGUCAAUUUAAUAAAACUGGUGUAAUUUACAAGUCAGCCAUUGUUUUAGAGUCUGAAAACAAUAGCUACACUUGUAAAAGUUUUAUUCAAGAAAGAAUGAUAGAAGAGAGAGGGAAUCCUCGGGCGUUGGCAGGAAUAUGUGAAUUUCACUACAGUUAUUGUUAGAGGUUGUAAUUAAGCGGAAGUGUACUUCCUGGGACGUUCGCAAACUUGACUGUUUGAAACGUCAUCAAGUCCACGCGCGACUACCUCAAAGAAAAAAAUGAAAAAUAGAGGAGCUCUCGCGCGAGCAAAGUACGCGCCAGCGGAGCACCAUGGGUAAGAAAAUUUGGUAAACUAUACAUCCGAGAAAAUUUGGUAGUGACGUCAGCGUACUCCGUCCGUCCGUACACUCUUUGGGGGUGAUAGAAGGGAAUCAGGUGUUAGCCCGUAGGGGGAGAGUAUGUUAUAAAUCGUGCGAUGGACUGUGCUUCACCGGCGAAAAAGGUCUGAUUGGUCGUCGCGCGACCACGUGAAAAAUGCAGGGUCACUAGAAAGAACGGCCUUUGUUCACCGGUGAGGGUAAAAGGCGGAAUGAGUUUGCGGAAUGGCAUGUGGCAUGGCUUGCGGAAUGACAUAAUUAUGCAGAAUGUAAAAUAUGGAAACUGGCGCAAAGAAAUAAAUUAAACUGAAAGGCAUGCGCGCGUCAUUGCCGCGCCUUUUUUGGCGCCAAUUUGAGUGAGCAACUGCUUCACUGGUUCACGCAUUUAGGCAUUUAUCUAAAACAUACCUGAGAAUUGGCUAGGGUUCCUGAAGGCAGCCUCCAAACGAAAACAUUAAAGUCCGGUAAAUAUAGUGAGGCGUGACCAAAAUAACUUAGUCUCCUCGAUUGUAAAGUAACAAGACGAAAUAUCUUCUUUUUCCGUUAUCCUUAGCGAAUUACCAUCGUUAAAAUCCUUAUUUUUCGAUAGAAGGGAGUACCAGAAUACUUAAUUGUGCGGUUGAUUUUUUGCUUCUUCAAAAUACUGUCGGCACCGAAAAUGUUACUCCUUCGAUCCCCGGGGGGGGUACUUUAGGAAUUUCUGGGUGGGGAUGUGCCGCUGGGACCCUGGAACCCUUAACCUAUACCAGAGCUAGUUCAGCUGAAUUUUGCUACCCUAUACUUGAGUAAACUCCCAAAUCCCCCCUAUCCUAGAGUACCUGUUUCCCUAGUCUAGAUAAAAUCUUCAACCAACUGAUUAGUUUCCUGAAAAAUAAUAAUCUAUUCUAGACCCAAACGCUCUGAUUUAUAUACCCUAUCCUAGAGUAAACUGCUUGAAAACCAUACCCUUCACAGCGGCACAUACCUAUAUAGCCCAUAUUUGGCAGUGCCCCCCCGGGCUUCGAUCAAGAAUUACGUUGCGUUACUUCCGUCUCUUCAAACGUACAAUGUGACACGUGUAGUCACGGAACAGACUGUCACGCAGAGUCGCAGACAGGUAAAGUUCAGUGUUUCAAAAUGGCUAAAAUUAACCCAGUUUCACCUUUUUACCCCAUUGUUUGAUUGAAAAAAGCAAUUUUGCAAAGGAAAAACCUACAAGACGUACGAAAAACGAGCCUUUAGGCUGUAAAUAUCUAUUUAUGUGCGUUUCGAAAUUGGAAGUGUUUACACAAUACAGACAAUUACCGCCAGCCUACCAUGAAAAUUCCUGAACUUCGAUGGUGUCUUACAGAGAUUUCCUUCACUUACCCAAGCCAAUUCCCAGGUAUGUUUUAAAUGAAUGUCUAAAUGUGUGAUUUAAAUAGCAAGAAGAGAAUAUGGAGUUAUACCACAUGUUAAAUAUUGCCGUCGAAAAUGAGUAACGAACUUAAAUUUUGUCCCUCAUUUUUAAAAUUAUUUCAGUACGACCAGCUUCCCUAUUGUCCAGAAAAAAUCUUCUAGUGGAAGGAAAGAAUUUUUCUGUUCGUGGAAAGUGUCCAAAUUUCUCCAUUCAGCUUCGUUUGCGAAUGCGAGGAAAGUUGAUGUUAGCGAAUUUCAGGUUGAAAAUUAAUGCAGUCUGAGACGGACUUCGACAUCGAAAACCGAUGUUCUAUUCAUGUUUCUCACCAAUGAAAGGCUUUCGGCGGGAACAAUCUACGUUAGGUUUCUUAUAAACCUAAAAGCUAUCUAUGAACAAAAAUGAAAGAACUUGAUUUUUCAACUCUUGCCACGAAAUUAACAUUUUGGUCGAUUUCUCAAGCUCGCAACUGAGGAAACAAAAUACAAGAUUCGAUUCAUCUCUGAAUAUUAUCAAUUAUGUCACGAUCACGUAACCCACAGUGUCAUAAAGAAACACUUCUCACACGGUUUGGAAUACAAAUAUAGGUAACAAGAAACUGUUAAGUUAAUCGUACAAACAUCUUUAGCUGAAAAAAUUAAUUAAAGUAGAAGGGAGCGUGACCUUCGAAAACAUCUUUUCUUCAAUAGACGAAGAACCUUUUCUGCUGUGCGGACAAGGCUGGUCGACAAUGAGCCUUCGUGGUUUUUUGAUUGUCAUCGUAUGUUAAGCCCGCAACAUUAAAACAGAGGCUGCGUUUGCAAAUUGAUUAGCGCCAAAAAAGGGCGCUCUUUUCAGUUUAAUUUAUUUCUUUGAAAACGAUCUGCGUAUAUUAAAUUCCGCAUAAUUAUGUCAUUCCGCAAGCCAUGCCACAUGCCAUUCCGCAAACUCAUUCCGCCUUUUACCCUCACCGUUUGUUCACAGCUCAAUGCAGCAGAUAAAUAAGAGACCAUGGGUCCUUUGAAAAUGCUUAGACACCUGGUAGUUAUUUUAUUAUUAUUAUUAUUAUUAUUACUAUUUUUUUCUAAAAAAACUUGAACAUGAGCUAAAUGAACUUUUAUGUACACUUAAAAGUGUCUGCAUUCAGUCUUUUCAUUGAGAACGGGUGCAAUUUUAAUAUCAAAACUUUAAAGCCGUCUUUGACCGAGCAAGGUUUUUUUUCUUUUUUCUUUUCAAUGGUUACUGUGCUUGAUCUGAAUAAGAUAAUGAAAUUUAUAAAAUUAGGGGAAUACUAUAUUUAAAAGAAGAGAACUUUGAUUCAAGUGUUAGUUGGAAAAAAUACUGAUUAUAUUUUUAUAGUACAUAGAGGUUAAAAAAGUGAUGCAUUUAGUCUUAAGUGCUACAAAGGUGUAAAAACCCAAAUCUUUCCAUUAAUAAUUUUAUUGACACUGUCAGGGGCAUAUGCUUUCCUUGAGUACACAUUUCUUCGGCAAAAAAAUCUUAUUUGUAUGGCUGCACUUUGUUUAGUUUUGUUUGAUUCAGGAUCAAUCAAUCUUUUCUGAAGAGAAUUGAAAAGUAAAGUAUGUUAACAUGUCAGAUUCUUCCCACUGCCUUAGCAAACAACUAAGAGGAAACUGAGCUUCAUAAUAAAAAACAGAUUAAAGUGAAAACUACUUCACGGUGAAACAACAACCCCUCCAAAUUUAUAUCACAUUAAAUUCAUGCAAAAUGGAGAUGUGAUGAGAAGUUUAUAGGAAUAGAAACAAACAAUAAUAACAAUGAAACUAUAAUGUUUGAAUGAGAUCUGUGAGUGUUCUCUCAUAAUUCUGACAGAGGAUCAAAAUUGGAUCAUGCCCAUUCUACACAACUGCAUACAUCAAGAUGAUCCAACUAAAAUUUCAUUAAGACUCAAAGUUUACUCCAAACUUUAAACUCCUGAUUAUUUUUUUUCUUUGAAAGAACUUUUGAAUACUUAGUAGCAUGUUAACUCUGUCAUUCAUUCAGAACUUUGCUCCAAAAAAAUUUAAGGCAAAAACAAUGGACAGAAAAACAAAAGCAUUCACAGGAAAAUUACCCUGUUCAUCUCCUUCCAGGAUCCACUUCUCAAGCAAAGAAGCCCCCCCCCGCCACAGAAAGCCUUGAGUGCAAAAAUUUGGUACUAAAAAAUUGUACACGGGGAAAUCAUAUCCGUAAGUGCAGUUCCUAACGCGGAAAGUAACAAGGACCUCGUUGUUGAUAAUCUAAAUUUAUGAGCAAAAUAAUCUAAACUUCCAUCCUUGAAUUAUACCAUUGCAAGCCUAAAUGUACAGCAGCUGUACACUUUGUAAACAGAAUGUUUUUUACAAAUCAAAUGUUGCUGGACCUAUCGAACUGUGGCUCCAAGACGGUAUUAGCGUUUUUAUGAAAACACUCUCACAUUUUCUCAUUCGACAGUUAGGAUAAAACUCAAAUUUCUGUAACAUACAAAGCUGUACUAAUGUACAACAACAAUGAAAUGUGGAUCGAUGGACAAAACCACGUUUCGAACUACGUACUUUAGCUUUCGAUCCACCAGCUACAAGACAAUUUACACACCAAGACAAUGGCUAAGAGUAAUUCUUUACCUUCUCUAUAAUUUCCCUUUGUACCGAGUGACACGAGAUUAAGUUGAACCAAGCGUAAGCGUAUUUUUCUGCCAUAAACAGUGUAAAGAUGCGGAGAUUAAGCAUCUAAAUAUAGUUUUUCAGCAACAAAGUUCUCUCUAAGUCAUAUUUACAAAACAAAGCCCAAAAAUGUCUGUCCCUCUACUUUUUUUGUUGAAUCCGUUAUAAGAAACUUGAUCUAAACAACAAAAACAUUUUGGAUAGCAUUCAGGAAAAAACUUUUUACCUCACAAAUGUCGCGGUGUCCAUCCGCGGAUACUUUCUGUAACUCGCUCUUCAUCCUCUAGCCUCAACUCCGUCAUCAACUGUCUUAAUGCACCUUUUCCCCAUCUUCUUUGUAGCCAGUCCCGUUCCCAAACUUCCCUUUCCCUUCGUCUCUCAAUUUUUUUUUUUACACAAAACGCCAAAAACCAUGGCCGACACGAUCCUGACGUCGGCCAUUUUCGCAACAUUGCUUGCGAUAUUUUAGGAUGUCGUAAGUGAAAACCGUGCGCGUUUGGAUUGUCGAAAGUCAUGACACAUGCAAGUCCCGCAUGAUAGUUGUAAGCAAAAGUCGUACCGUCUAAAUCGGCCUAAAUGUUAAGAGGUCCGUUAAGAUGAUUGACGGCAGCGAAAAACGCAAUCGUCAGUUGGCUUUUGAAUUUCAGAAUUCGCAUGUUUGUGAAAAGCGAAUACGCAUUUGUGACCGUAGUGCUCAGUUUCUAGUAAACUGUUUCGAAAAAAUUGUUAUGGCAACAAACAGUAGUGGAUUUAAUUCAACCUACAUGUUUGCCUGUAAGUUAAGAGCGACGGGAGAGAGAAAGAAGCGGAAAGGCAUAGAGCAAGAAUUAACAGGCGAAGAGGAUUCAUGUGGAAAAUUUAUGCAGCAUCCGAGACUUUUUUCCUGAGAGCUGAAGCUGACAGAGUUUUGUGUCAUCUUGUAAUGUUUUUACCUGUCUUUUUGCUCUGGAUCUACAAAAUUAAAUACAGCUGAUAUCAACAUUCUUUUGUUAUUCUUGGCUGGCUUGUUUAUUGGGUUGUGGUUGAGAAAUGCGCCGCUCGACAAAAAGAAAUCGGAAAUCAUCGUUUUCAAAAAUAAGCUACUCUUAGUUAAGCUUACUUCACCUUGCUGGACUAUGCGGAAAGUCUUAAUUACUUGAUGGGUUUCCGAGCUGCAUCUCGACCGGUAAGCUUGAGUAAUUAUAUUGCAUUUGAUGUUUUUUUUCUGGUUUCAUGUUUAUGCCAUCAUUUUACGCACGUUUGUAAGAUUAGAGACAAUUUAUCUGACCUGGUAAAUUAGUAAAGAACGUAAAAAGUCUUUAGACAUUUUCUGACCGUGACAAGAAAGAAAACGCUCUGAAAAAUAGGUUGGUUAUCCUAUUGUUUGUAAAAAGAAAGCUUUGAACGAUGUUCUUGCCUGGAGUUCACCUUGACAAAUAGCAAACACGGCGAAGGUGGCUUAAAACUUACCUAGUGGCCAUACGUACGGGACCCGGACAUCGACUUGUAUUUGCUAUUCACACUUAAAUGUGAAUGGCUUAAAUGUGCAAGGUUUUAUUCGUGAUUCAGGAUAUUCAGAGACACUUUUCUCUCAACACUCUUCGUAAAUAAAAAAUUGUAGUCCUUUUAAAUGUUUCGUUGAAUUAUAUUUCUUGUCUUGAUUGUUUGUCAAGGUAUCGAUCUCUUCCUUAUCGCUUUGCUUGUUGUAAUUUUCAGUCGUCAUCGCAUGCAGGAGUACUUAAAAUGCCGCGUGUAUCAAAUGAAUAUGGUGUUUUAGAAGCAAAAUGCGAACGAAAAUGAUUCUGAUACCUCUUCCUCAUUAGCAGCGUUCAUUCAAAUACUCGAUAGCUCGCACUGUAAGUUUUGGCGCUUGGCAAAAUUUGGAAUUGGCUGGUUGGACGGUUGAUUUUGUAAACUGAAUUAAAAUAUAUUUUUUUCGAAAGCUUUUGCUCAAAGCCCAUUAUCACCCUGCGUUCUACAUAAUGGCAGAUUUUUUAUAAUUUGUUGUGCAAGGGAAGCGCGUGCUUCGAUCGUUCUGAAUAUUGAAUGAGUGCAAUUUGGCUUGUAGGAUAAUUCUGUAAAAAACUACAGAAUCAUAAUUAAAAUAGGGAAAAAAUGACAUUAAAUUCUGUCCGCGGUCUGAAAACAAACAACGCCUGAUAGUUCUGUUUACCUUAGAGAUGGUGUAAAAAGGCUGUUUUACGCGCUACCAGACUUGUAGCGAACGACGCACAAAAAAGUACGGCCCGAUUUUUUAUUUUGGCCUUUCCUUUAGACAGAGAGAUAACACCAAUAAACUAUACCGAGUAAAUUGGCUGCCAUCGGGGGCUAUCGUGUCUUUACGGCCUUUAUAGCAUAAAAUUAUAAAAUAAAGGUGGUUUUGGUUGGGCACAGAGAAUUUUUUUUCCACGCGUAAUCUACUGUCGCUAAAGGGGAUUUCUAUUUAUUAGGUGUACAAAUAAGACUAUUAAUUCGAGGUAACAUUUUACAUGUUGCUUCAUUCUCGCACUGAUUGCAAAUUAUUUUUUCUCUUAAAGUCCCACCCUUAAACGUCAUAUGGAUCUCCCCAGUUUGAUUUAAAUCAUAAAUUUAUUAACUAGAGCUACGCUUUUAGCCCUGGCUAAAUGUAUAUAUUAUUGUAGUGGCGACUGUUGAAUUCUCUCUUGACAACACUGAAAAAAGGUUUGCGUACCUCUCCGGAAACCAACUUAAGAUUAAUUCAAGCGUUUACUUGGUCUAUAAGUUACUUUGGUGAAAUUCACGUAUCCCGUAUCUCUCUUGUUUUAUUAAUUGACCUCAGGUAGAUAAAUAGUUUUAGCACCAAAGUCUCUAACAUUCUUUAGAGUGAUUUUACUUGAAUCGUGAAACAGAUACUAACAAAUAGUGCAAAAUGGCGAGAACUAAACAAAAGAAGACAAUAGAAUUAGUGCAUAAUAGUUCAAGUAAAAUCACUCUAUUAUUCUUCACAGUCCACUCAGGCUAAUCUCGUACCGAGAUAUCAGUUUCGUCCAAUCAAAAAAGAUCUUUUGAACGGUGCACUGUCAGGUCCAAAAAACAUAUAACAAAGGAGUCUGAAAAAAUUGCAACCAGGAGGCUCUUACUCUUUUUAUUUUUCUCCACUCCAACGGACGCUCCAACCCUAAUGACAAUCUUAUGUCUUUAAUACUAACGCUCAGAACAAAGAAUUAUUUAACGAAUAAUAAAUUUGUUAUUUCCACACACCCGCUAAAUUUUGCAUAUUGCUGGGCUGAUGUGGCAGGUAUUAUGAAGAGAAAAUUCAGUCUGCAAGAAAGCAUGGAACCUAUCUUGAUAUGUAGUGGUUCUGAACCCUGCACCAUGUUUUUGUUUCACUAAUAGGGUUAAGAGGACAAGGUGUUUGGUGCAAAGCCUGUAAAAUGAGUGUUCAUCGUAAGUGUCGGGAUAAUGUACCUUACUGCCGCGGCGAAAUAGUAAGUAUUCCUUGUAAUGUCAUAAAUAGAGUAUAGAAGUUAAGUAAUUGGAUUUGGGUGGAGUAAUCGGAAAGAACAAGAUGAAAACUGCUUAUUUGCCAAAAUUCAGCUGGGUAGAGCAAAACCAACGCGGACGACUUCAUACGAAUCCUUCCAAAACUGGCGUGGAUCCUACCCUUUACGAUCCAUGUAGAUUUUAGAAGGAUUUAUAUGGAGUCAUCAGGACAAAAGGUUGCUUAUAUCUCACCGCCAUUUUGCUCUAACAAGCUAAAUUUUGGCAGAUGGACAGUUUUCUUCUUGUUCUCUCUAAAUACCUUGGUCAAUCCCAUAAUUUCACAAAUUCAAUUUUUUUGUGACGUACUUUUGUGCCCUAUUAAAACCAAAUCCACAGUCAGCUAAUCAUAGCAGUUACAGCCAAUCAGAAUUCAAAGGAACGUCAAGUACACGUGACUGACGUCAAGCAAGGUCACAUGUGAGAGCAGGUCUCAAUUGCUUGAAUUUUUUUCAGCCAACAACCUCAGCUUUAGGCUUUUAAAAGGGGAAAGAGGAAUAAAAAAAGCAAUAUUGGGAAGAAUCGCCCAAGGAAGUUCUGGUUAAAUACCAUAAUAUAUAGAUUUAGCCAGGGCUGAAAGCGAAGCUCCCAUUAAUAAAUUUAUAUUUUAUAUCAAACAAUAAACUUGUAAUCCACAAAUCAGUUAACUUAAGGGCACAUUCAUGUGACUUUUGAGGGAAAAGAUAAGUUAUUUUAGAGUGAAACUUCUUACAUCGAGUUGAUAGCCUAAAUAUACAUGUACGUACACCCAAAAAAUAGCAAACAUCUUCUAUCACAUUCAAGAGCCAUAAUGGCUCUUGAUCACAGUAAAUUAGGCCUCGAAAAUAAAUUCUUGGAAAACAAAUCAGGCCGCAUUUUUUUGCGUUCGACAGGUUUACUUUACAAAUUCUUGCCAACAAAUCUGAGGGUGUGUAAACCAACCUUUUACACUUUUUAUACAUCACAUCUGAGGUGAAACAGUACUUUUUAUCAUACAGACCUCGGACAGAAUACGGCAUUUCACAAUUUUUAAAUGUUCAGGACUAUCAAUCGUGGGCUUUUAGCGAAACCGUUCAAAAAAUUUCCAAAAUCACCCAUACGCCCAGCCGGUUCUCAUUUUUAGUGCGAGCUGUCAGUGUUGUCGAGUGUUUGAAUGAACUUUAAUGGAGAUAAGCUUCAACAUAAUAACGAAUUUAUUAUCAUUAUUUUUUGUUAUUUAAUGGUUCCAGUUAUAACGAUGUGUAAUCUUAUAAAGCGUUUGAUACGCGCGACAUUUCUAAGUACUCCUGCAAGCGAUGUUCAUGAACGAUGAAAACAAACACCACGGACAAGCGAUUCAAAUUGCAAGAGAGACUACUAACAAUCAAUAAAAGAAAUACAAUUCGGUAAAGCAUUUACAGAGACAACAAUUUUCAUUCACGAAGACAAGUAUUAAAGUGUCUCUAAAAAUCCUGAGUCUUUAAGCUUAAAGCUUAAGCUUAAGUUUAUUUUGUUUUACUUUCAGCCGGCCGUCCGGUGUUUGUUUUUUCUUCAAAGAUGAACUCCUCGAAGCAAGAAAAUCACUCAAAGUUUUCUUUCUACAGCCAAAUUUAUAACUAAAUAUUCUUCGGAACGUUUUUUUUUUCUAUAUACCCUAAGAAAAUAUAUCUGAAGGCCUUUUAAAGUUCUGUAAGCUUAUAUCAAACCUGAUACUAGAUCAGAUCAUUGACUCAAAUCUUUAACAAACGUGCAAAAACUUGCCGCAUAAACUGUGCUCGACUUCAUGAAAUUAGAUAUAACAAAAACAAACAUCAAAUACAAUAAUUACUCAGGCUUACCAUUCGAGAUUCAGGUUCAGCUGAAAGAUAUCAAGGAAGGCCAUAGUUGCUUGAGACUUUUAAACCCUCUCACGCAUUGAGCAAGGUGAAAGACGAAAACGAUGCCAUCCGAAAUCGGAUUACCCAAUUUUGACAAGCGACGCAUUUCUCAACCAAAAACCCAAUAAACAAACCAGCCAUGGAUAACAGAAGACUCUUGAUAGCAGCUAUAUUUCAUUUUGUACAUCCAGUGGAAAAAGACAGUUAAAAACAUCACAAGUUGACACAAAACUCUGUCAGCUUUAGCUGUCAAAGUAAGCAACUUUCAAGAUGCUGUUCAGCAUGAACUCACCUGUCAAAUUUUGACCAAUCAGAGUACAAAAAUUGGGCGUAGAGCGUGACCAACGCGUGACCAUGGUAAGAAAAGGUCUUCCCCGCCUUUAUUUUUAAAAAAGUGGCUGAAUUUUCGCGUCCGAGGUCAGUUUGAAAUCAAAAUCUUGACAGUGCGGGGCCAUAGUGACAUAAACACGAUAUAUUUCAUAUGAAUCAUUGGAAAAAAUAGACUUGAGCCUGCGAUCAUUUGAAACUGGUAAUUUGUCAGUGGAUAACUUCAAAAAAGUACUCGACCGCGAUGGGUCGACACUUGAGCCCGCGCUACGGUCAGGUGAUACUGGUCAGCGGAUAUCCUGUUUUGACAGCUGUCAAUUGAUCACAACAUUGAUGUGCUAUUAGGUUUCUAUUGGGCUACCAAACUAGCUAGAAAGUGUGAGAGUAAACAUUGGUUUCCCUGUGGUGCGGACGGACGGUCGGGCGUACGGUCACGUGAUUACCAAAUUUUCUCGGAUGGGUAGAUUACCACAUUUCCUUAGCUAUGGGGCUCUGUCCACGCGCGCGCUUCGCGCGCGGGUCGAGCUCCGCUAAUAUUCUGAGGAUCUACAAACAAACAAUCCUCCUAGUGAUUGAUUAUGGAUGUAUCGUAUGGCAUGAAUGUAAUAAGUCCCUAUCAGAUAAACUCGAAUGCAAUUCAAUUCAAUUCAAUUCUUUAUUCACACUAUAUAAGAUAUUUACAUAAGUGUACGUAGUAGGAAAAUAAAGUAGCUGACAAAUAAUAGUUAACUAAAAGACAUUAUAAGUUAAUUUGUGUACGGUGUCCAAAGUAGCAAGAGCUUUCUUGUUGGACACCGUCAUGUUGAAAUAAUUGGCAGCAGUAAAGAGAGGAAUAAAAUCUCAAAUAAUAUCAGUGAUAGAACAUAUAAGCAAGGUCAGAUUUGGUUGGUUAGAAGACAGGACUUCCAUUCUUUCUUAAACUUAUGAUAUGGCAGACACUUGAGACCAGGUGGUACAGUCUCCCAGAUUUUUGGAGCGAAUGACUUCAAAACCAAGCCAUGAGGGUUAUUCAGAGGGCCUACAGAACCACCUGCACACAAUAUAUGAGAAACACUCUAGGGCUGUUAACACUUAAAUGGCUUUUUUUUUUCACUGAUAGCAAAACAAAAUUUCGAAUUUCUUGUGUUUUGAUUUAAAAAAUAGCCUAUUAUAUCACACAUUUUGUUAAAGUUAUGAUUAACUGAUGACAGAACUUCGUGUCGUCCAAUUCGGUCUGUAAUCAUGCAUACUCGUGAUUAAACAAAUCGGACUCCCGCUUUUGUUGAUCACUCGUAUAAUUACAGACCGAAUUGGACUCCACUCACUCCUGUUACCAUUACUUAUUAUUAUUACAUUGCCCCUUGGAUAGAGCCUCAUAUAAAAUCUGACGUUCACAUUAUCUCUUGUUCUUUGCACGAACUGCACGUGCAAUGACCGGUUUAGAAAAAUAGAAUUCAGAGUAAGUAUAGGAGGCUUGCACUAGAACCUGUGGCUUUAUCUCUGAUUAAAGAGAUCUUCCAACUCACUUCUCUCGUUGCUGAACUCCUGAACAUAUAAAACCACAAAGUUAGUAAAGUAUACUUUGGCCAACGUUGCACGUUUCCGCGCAAAUACGCUCAGUAUGCAAAUUUUCGGCUAACUGACCCCCCUUGCACAUGCAAAUCAGGCACGAAAGGUAAUGCAAAUGUAAGGUUUACAUGACGUACUACCCAAACGACAAUUUUGAUAAUAUUAUGGUAUUUUCGUAAGGGCCUAUUCAGCCAAUCACAGUUAAAUAAUAAGGUCUGGGAUGUUGUUUCUCUUAGCCAGUUGGAAAGGGCCAGUCACUUCGAAUACAACACGCGGACGAGGAUGACUCCGACGAAAACUCUUUUAGUGAUGAUGAAGAUGUUCCAGUCCCACCCCCUCGCAGGAGAGCUUUGGGUCCAACAGUAUCAUUACCUGCUUUCAGGUCUAAUGCUUUUUCUGGUGAGAGCCAAAAAAAUUACUUGCCUGUUCUUCAUCGAGCGAGUGGAGUGGUGUGUAAGAGAAUUCAGAGUAAUUACUUUGACCAAUCACGAUACGCGUUGAGGUUCACAUGAACCAAUCAGGACUCGGCUGACGCCAAGCACGGGAAACGCAAGUGAACAAAUCGAGAUUCGUUGUGGUUGUAAUUCUGAUCGGUUAAGAAAGUGUCGCGAGAUUUUUUAGCCAAUCAGAAAGCUGAAAAAUAUAUAGCCAAAGUUACCAGUAGCUGGUUUGGACACUCAUUAGACCUCUUUAGCGUGGGUCAUGUGCUGUUCUAAUGGAAAUUUGUGUUUUGUGUUUUCAUAAAUUAUGCGCACUUGUUAACUCAAGCCCGUUUUCUGAUUAGACCAUUAGGUAUCAUGUGUCUCAUAACCGAUGCACUUUAUAACCCCCGCGGGCGAAAAAAAAAACUCGCGCGUGAUCAUGUCGUGUACAUCGAAACCGCGGAAAAUCUACGUGCCAGUCGCGCGGAGCAAAAAAUGUUUCAUGUUUAUUAUUUUUGUUUUUGUGUUGGGGAGUAUAACAAAACGCUUAAAAGGGCUAUCGGAAACUGCUUUUCAUACUAUUGCUAUGUAGCUUUCUGGGACCGAGUGUUCAAAGCUCGACAUUAAGCUGAGCGGAAAUGUUUUUCGAUGAAGAGAUUUCCAGUGUUGCAUUUUUUUAACCUACUAAGGUCUCUCUGCGUUCUUUUGAAAAGUUUCCAACUUUUCCUUUUUUGUGCCUUUAGAUACAGCGGAGUCCAAGGGUUCUUCCACAGCAAAUGUAAGUUCAUUUCUUGCGAGGCACGGGUAGCGCAUCACUUAAGCUUCCCUCAAAAAUAAUGUCCUCAAUUUUAUGGGUUCGAAUGCCAAGGUCAGCCAAAAACAGUUGAUACUCGUGCUUUUUGUAAACGAAUGCGUUCUUUUGAUAUCUGUUUGAUUUGAAACUAAUAAGCAAGUAGGUGCUUUUUUUCUUUUUAGAAUUACUGUGUUGCUCUUUAUGAUUUUGGUGGAGAAAAAGACGAAGAUCUUAAACUAUGGUAAGCAAAGUUUGUAUUUGAUGGUUUGUCUUUCAAUUUUAAAGAGCCGAACGGCAUGGACAGUAAUCCAAGAGAGCCAAUCAAAUUCAUCAAUUCUGGCCAGUUGCUCUAAUGUACAAGAUGCUGUUCAAAGUGGACUUGUAUCGACUCUCUAUUUGAAGGGUUUAUCAACACAGUACCUGAGUUUAUAUCCAUACAUGUACCUUCGAUUUGACACUGGGUGACACUUAAUUAAGGUACUUAAGUUUUGUCCAGUCUUCUCCAAAUUCUUGGUACGUCUGUGAUUAAAAUUCAAAAUGUAUGUAAGUAGUUUCAUGUACUUUUAAUAGCCGCUGGGUUAAUCUUUAUUGUUAAGGGCGGCAGUGCAAACAAAACAGCUUUCUGGGUCCGGUAAUUACCGGGACUUUGCCGCAACUGGCGCCUGGUGGGUGACUGGUCUUAAAAUAACUGAGGAAGACGUUCCUGCUUUUGUCCUGCAGAUGGGUAUAUUUUCACUGUGGAGAUGCAGAGCCUACCGUUCCCCCUUUUCUCUGACAUUACUAUUUCUCGGUCGGAUUCUUGGCAAAUGUCCAGCCGGCCCUGGGCUAUCGAACAGCAGUUUUGUCGCGCCCUAAGAUGACCUCGAAAAAUGACCAUCCCAAUUCCUCUCAUGUCUUCCUUUGCGCCAGGGGUCAGGGGUCCCUUGGGAACAUCACGUUCUCUGAAUUGGGAAAACAAACAUACAAGCGAAAAGGUCUAUUGGCAUUUAUAGCACAUAGAAAGUAUAGGGCUGUAUACAUCAGUUACAUUGAUCGGUGUUAAAUGAAAGCUUUAUUUUUCGUCUUCAGUGCUGGAGAAAAAGUAAAAGUUAUCAAUAGUACUGAUGAACACUGGUGGGAGGUACGCAUUGUUUUUUUUUGCUAUCAAUCGAGUUAACAAAUUUGUAAACAUUGUUGUUGUUGAAUUGUCUGGUACAUGAUCAACAGCAAGAUAAAGUAGUGGUUUAAGGCUUGUUUUCACUAGCGACGGAGUCGGAGUCGUAAUCAGAAGCGUAAAACUUUACGAUCUGGUGAAAACAGCGUUCUGAUUCCGCUUACGACUCCAACGUUUACGAUCAAGUGAAAGUCGCAAGCAGAAGCAAAGGAACUAAACCAAUCACAAAGCAUGAGAACGUGCAUUGUGAUUGGUUUAUCCUUCCGCUUCUGCUUCCGACUCCGAUAAUGUGGUUUUCACUAGAUCAUAAGCUGAUUGUAAGCGACGGAGUCGUAAGCGGAGUAGGAAAAAAUGGUCAUAAGCGCUCUUACGACUCCAAUUACGACGCGGACUCCGACUCUGUCGCUAGUGAAAACAUAAAACUGUUUUGCGUAGUUAUUUAUCGAUAGAACAGUGACCUGUUCCUCUGAUGUGUGACUCGUCACGAGCAGUUUGUUACCAUAUACAAUUUUGGGUCCGAAAAGUUUACUGAAAAUAAACUGCUAUCCACCGACCAAGGUUAGGUUGGGAUAAGUGUCAUUUUCUAUACCCGUAGACCUGGGCUCUAAAAUCCAUACACGUUUUCAGGCCUGGCGUAGGCAGACAUUAUGUUAUCAUUUCUUAGAACGCCAACAGUAAGGUUUCUUAAAAUCCAUUUCGAAUUCGCAUAUUACUCUUUCUUUCUUAUUCAUUUGGAAUUGAAACGACACAUACGUCCAUGCACUCCCGAAUUCCCUCGAAAACCAUACGCGAAUUCAGACCAAAAUAGGCAAAGUCUAUGCCCAUUUUCAAACCAAAACAGCACAAAAACCAUACUCUUUGGUGCGGCACAUACUUUUAAGGCAAAUAUAAGAGAGUACCUUCCCCCCCUUGGGGAUUUCUCUUGACGAAAUUACUUGGGAAGACCGGAAUUUACAGCAAAUGGUCCGCAUUAGUGGCUGUCAGCCUUCCAGUCGUUCUUUCGCUUGUGGUUUGUCAGUAGAGGUUAACUAAUCGAAAAGGGUGAAGCAGCUAUUAUUAACACUUUUGAAUUUAAAACCAAAGUUGUCUGUUUUUUCUUAUUUUUAUAGGGCAGCAGUAAAGGAAAGACGGGAUUCUUUCCAGCUUCGUAUGUACAGGUAUUACGUCAAUAGCUAAUAAAAGUAGUUACAAAAGAAAUAAUACUGAUCCAUCUAUGCAGAGCUGCAAAUAACGGUUGGUCACCGGACGGAAUCUCUAACUAAGGCCUCGUCCUCACAUAUUCAGAUACUUUCAAAAAUGGACAUUUUAAAAACCUAUUUACCGUUUUCAAAAAUAUAAACGUCCACACGUGGUGUAUUUGAAUCGUUUUCGCUGUUCACACGAAAACGCUAAAACGAUGGAAAUACGCUAGCAUUCCAUACGCUGUAUGAUCGAAAGCAUCCGUUUUCGUCCGUCCACUCAUAAAAGCGAAGCUAGCGUUUUCAACAAUCUCCACUCUAAGGGCCCUUUUUGAAAACCUGCGUUUUUGGUGCUCGAAAACGACCUUUACGUGUAGACGGACGCCCCACUUGUUUCCCCGCGAAAUGACUUCUGAGAAACCGUAACAAACGACUUCAGAAAUUCCAUACUGUUGACGUUUCACUUCCAGAUCUGGGUAGUGCUUCUGAUUGUUUGAAACAAAUUUCUCUGGUGACACGACCAAUCAGAAGAACUACCCAGAUCUGGGUAGCAACGCCCCAUCAGUAUGGAAUUUCUGCAGUCGUUUUGCGGGGAAACCAGUGGUGGCAUCGCGAAAUGUCGGCCUGUUUUCUCUGGCUGUAAAAAAUCACCAGUUCAGUUUGGCCUAAGUUGUGUUCUUGCGUUCUUCUAUUGUCGUAGAAUCUGGAAUUCAGUGUCAUUAUUGUUCAUCCUCUUCACCCCCUUUCUUUCAGGUUAUCUCACCAGACGAUGUCAUUCUUCGGUGUCUGUACGAUUUCGCAGGGAAAGAAGAAGAUAAACUUACGAUUCAAGCCGAGCAGGUCAGUACUUUCUUUUUGCACGAGGAAUGAUCAUCUUUUCCAGUUUAAAUUUGUUAAAUGUAAUUUAACCACCACAGGCUUAGCGGUCAAGUGGUUCAUAAGCUUCGGGGUCAAGCGGUUCACUAGCUUAGCGGUCAAGCGGUUCACCAGCGUAGCAGUCAAGCGGUUCACAAGCGUAGCGGUCAAGCGGUCCAUGAGCUUGGCGGGCAUCCGGCGGUCAAUACCAUAAGUGCAGGCUCACAUGGUACGUGGUAGCUUUGUACACUGCUAGGAUCUGCGAGUUCUUCAUCGAGCGUUUGUGCAGUGGUCUGUGGAGCGGUUCAUUUAGCGUCUUUUCGUCUUUUAUAGUGAUUUUUGGAGCAGCAGUCCUACAGCGUGUUUUUUCUUGUAUCCUUUUUCUUUCAAUUAUUUUUCAAGGCGUGCACGUCGUCACGUUCUUUAAGGAUGCGAACCACAAACAACAGCUUGUCUACAAUGUCUUCUGCAGUUACCGCGUCGUCGCGUUCUCGUAGUGGUUCUACACCAGCUCCCAGGUAA